AUGAGUGAGACUAAUUUCUCUGUGCAGGGAUAUAAUUUGGUGAAGCUUUUGAAGCGUUUAGAGGAUGCAACCGCGAGAUUGGAAGAUGUAACCAUAUACCAAGAAGGCUAUGUCCAAUCGAAGUUUGGUGGAAAAGAGCAGAAGGAUUCCAGCAAAACUCCUGAAGCAGUAUCUGAAACUCCAGCUGAAACUCCGGCUGCAGUUGCAUCUGAGGUUGCAAGUGCACCUGAACCAGCUAAGGUAGAAGAGGCACCAAAGGCUGUCACUGAGUUUGAACAGUUUAUUGCGACCAACGUUGAUCCCUUGGUUGAAUUAUCAAAGGAGAUUGAUCCUGCUGUUGAGAAGGCUGUGAAAUACUUGGCAGAAGCUUUCCGUGCACAAUUGACUUUUAUCAAGGCUGCUGUUCAAUCAAAGAAGCCUGAUAUGAGCUCUCCGGAAUUUAGCAAAGCCAUCGCACCUAUCAACGAAAGCGUUAGUGCGAUUGUGGAAUUGAAGGACGAGAACCGCAAGAACAAGUAUUUUGUGCACUUGAAUGCAAUUUCCGAAGGUUCUCCUCUGUUCUCGUGGAUUGCUGUGCCAACUCCAGUGUCCACUAUAACCGAUUUCAAGGACGCGGCCCAAUUCUGGACUAACAGAAUCUUGAAGGAGUUUAGAGAGUCCGAACCAAAGUCUGUUGAAUGGGUCCAAGCUUUCUUAAAGAUGUUUGACAACUUGAAAGCAUACGUGAAGGAGUUCCAUACCCAAGGACCAGCUUGGAAUGAUGCCUCUGGCGAAGAUUUUGGCACUGUUUACGAGAAGGUUUUGAAUGGCGGAGACUCUAAGACUGCAGCUCCAGCAGCAGCUCCAGCCGGCGCUGCAGGUGGUCCACCUCCACCACCACCUCCACCACCAGCUUCUGUCUACGAGGUUAAAGAUUCAUCUUCUGCAGGCGGGUCUUCCACUGGUGGUAUUGGUGCCGUGUUUGAAGAAUUAAACCAAGGUGAAAACAUCACUAAAUCGUUAAAGAAGGUUGACAAAUCCCAACAAACCCAUAAGAAUCCCGAACUUCGUGCAUCUGGAACUGUCAGUACAAAGUCUGCUCCUCCACCAAAGCCAAAGAAGCCUUCGACCCUGAAAACAAAGAAACCUCCAAGAAAGGAAUUGAUCGGUAACAAAUGGUUUAUUGAGAACUACGAAGAUCAAGCUGAGCCUCUAGUGAUCGAAGCCAGAAUCGAUGAAUCCGUUUUCAUCGGUAAGUGUGUGAAUACCUUGGUUCAAAUCAAGGGCAAGGUUAACGCCGUCACAAUUAAUGAAUGUGAGAAAAGUAGUUUAGUUUUGGAUGCUUCCAUCAGUGGUAUUGAGAUCAUCAAGUGUUUCAGAUUCGGGAUUCAAGUCGAACAGUCUUUGCCUCAAAUAACUAUUGACCAAUGUGACAGUGGUUCUAUCUACUUGAGCAAGGACUCUCUACAAGCACAAAUCUUCACCUCCUCAAGUACCGGUAUCAACAUUAACACACCAACGGGACCCGACGGUGACUUUGUUGAAGUUCCACUACCAGAACAAAUGGUCCAUAGCUUUGUAGAAGGGAAGCUACAAACCAAAAUUUAUGAGCACGCCGGUUAG